AUUGUUAAUUUUUUAUAAUCUAUUGACAGCACUAUUUUUUGUUUUUAAUGUCAAAUCUUAACCUGAACUACACCACAUCUACAUCUCUUAUUUAGAGAAAGAAAAAAAAGAUUAUUUUUUUGUGUGGUGGAGUACGUUUACGUAUUAACGUAGCGUGAAAUGAAAAAUGUUGAAAUAGUAAAAAUACUUCAAAACUGUAGGUACAGUAGUUGAAGUGAGUAAAUGUAUUUAGUUGCUUUCUAUUUGUGAUUCUAAUGAAGACACAUACAUAUUAGUAAUAUUUGGAAGUGUUUGCAUUUAAGAUUUAUGUCUCUGGGCACUUCUUACUCAUGUUUGCACGUGUCUUUAAAGAAGGCAACAAGGACAAUGAAUAAAGCAAACGACGGCUAGUGUAAUUUAAAGCCUCGUGCAGCUGAUCCCCGGCCCCCAUGUCGAGGCAGUCAUUUGAUAGCUGCUCGCUGCCGGUGAAGGAGAGCCUCGACAACUUCAGCCGCCUGAACGUCCAGUGAAACUUGUUGGCCUUUUCGGCGACGAGAACCACUUUGCGCCAGCAGAUCAGUGCACGACCCACCUGUGAGGAAGCCCCAACACCCCCCGGCUGCAAUGGUGCGUUUGUUGGUGCUGGGAAUGGGAAUUCUGCUCCAGUUUUGUCGUGCAGCGAUUUACACCAACGACUGGGCCAUGAGAAUAACAGGAGGCCGUGACUCCGUCCACGGAAUAGCGGAGAAAUAUGGAUUUACUAACAUGGGUCAGAUUGGAGACCUGAAGGGUUAUUACAGUCUUCGUCACCGUGGGACGGCGAAGAGGUCCACCGUGUCCAAUAAAGAGGUGGUUUUCAGCAUCGCCAAGGAGACCAAGGUGGAAUGGUUCCAACAGCAAGUGGUCCAGAGAAGAGUAAGAAGGAGUCACAUCUACUCCGAGGACGAGACCAGACGCCGCCCCGCUGCUCGUCCUCACACGCCGCCCUACAACUAUUCCAUUUGGGACAGCCUUUGGUACAAUCACUGCGGUCAUGAACCCAAAGGCUCCAAGUCCUGUAUGAACAUAGCGGGGGCCUGGAGGAGAGGCUACACUGGAAAGGGUGUGGUGGUGUCUGUCCUAGAUGAUGGCAUCCAGGGAGAGCAUCCAGAUCUGAAGCCAAACUAUGAUGCUCGGGCCAGUUACGAUGUGAACAGGCGAGACGAAGAUCCUUCUCCGAAUAAUUCCAACAACGCUUCCAACUACCAUGGGACACAGUGUGCAGGGGCGGUUGCCGCGGCUGCAAAUAACUCCCGUUGCACGGUUGGAGUCGCUUUCCACGCGCGGAUUGGUGGCAUCCGUAUGCUGGAUGGCGACGUGACGGACAUUGUGGAGGCCCAGUCACUGAGCUUCCGACCACAGCAUAUCGAUAUCUACUUAGCCAGCUGGGGGCCAGAAGACGACGGGGCCACUUUGGAGGGACCCGGGCCUCUGGCUCGUCUUGCGUUGCGGAAUGGCAUCAAAACAGGCCGGCACGGGAGGGGCUCCGUCUAUGUCUGGGCGUCGGGGUCCGGAGGGCAAAGGGGGGACCACUGCUCCUGUGACGGCUACGGCAGCAGCAUCUACACCAUCUCCAUCAGCAGCAGCCGUCCGGGUGGAAACCGGCCCGAUUACCUGGAGCGGUGCUCCUCCACUCUUGCGACAGCUUACGCGGGAGGGGAGACGGAGGAAAUGGUGGCUUUGGGUCCGCGGCAGAGCUGCAGCCGGGCCGAACCGGAGACGUCACUCUCCUCCUCCGUGGCUGCAGGCAUCAUCGCUCUGACUUUGGAAGCCAACCCUUUACUAACCUGGAGGGACGUGCAGCACAUUAUUGUCCGGACAUCGAUAUCUCAUCAUCUUCCUGCCCCUGACUGGAGCUUUAAUGGAGCUGGAUACGAAGUGAGCCACCUGUAUGGCUUCGGCCUGCUGGACGCUGAGAACAUGGUGAAGGAGGCCGAGCGUUGGAAACGGGUCCCCACACAGCACGAGUGUGUGGAGGAGGCUUCCAUCCAGCUGAGCAGAACCAUUCAUCCCGGCUGGCCGCUGACGUCUGCGCUUGAGGCCACGGGCUGCUCCGGCGAGCCUCUGCGCCGCGUUGUGUAUGUGGAGCAUGUCGUCGUCCGUGUCGCCAUCGCUCACAGUCGCCGCGGCGACCUCUCCAUUACUCUCGCGUCGCCUUUGGGCACUGUGUCGGAGCUGCUCGCCCACAGGCCUCUUGACGACUCCGCCGAGGGAUUUCAGAACUGGGAAUUCAUGACGACUCACAGCUGGGGGGAGCAGGCGCCGGGGGAAUGGACCUUGAAAAUCCAGGAAGCUUCCUCUCCGAACAGAGGCAGCACCGAACUGGGGACGUUAAAGGCGUGGUCCCUGCGGUUUUACGGCACCGCCGAGUGGCCGUAUCCCGGGAACCACAGGCGCCCGGCCCGAUCGGCCGAGAUGCCGACGGACGGCAACCCGGCCGCAGAGUACGGCGGACCGUGCGACCCAGAAUGCGGUGACGAUGGUUGCGAGGGGCCCAGCCCACAGCACUGCGUCACGUGUUUGCACUUUUUUCUCAAGUUCAAGAACAGCACAAGGAUGUGUGUAUCAGAGUGCCCAAGGGGAUUCUGGGGCGACCGGCGGCGUUGUAAGAGGUGCUUUUCCUCCUGCGGGAGCUGCGUCGGGAGUCGCAGUGACCAGUGCACCUCCUGUCAGCCGGGUCAUCACCUCACCGAGGGGACCAAUAGCUGCACGGCCGCCUGUGGGGACAACUUCUACCUCGACCACGAUGCAAAUAUGUGCAGGAGGUGCAAUGAAAGCUGCUUGAGGUGCACCUCCUCCAGCAUCUGCACGCAAUGCAAACCAGGCACAAGUCUGCAGGGGAAUCGCUGCCAGCGGAGCUGCACGCCGGGAUUCUACCACGACGAGCAGGACGGCACAUGCCAGCCCUGUCACAAGGCCUGCGCCAGCUGUGCAGGUGCAGGUGUUGCGGCAUGCGACGGGUGCGCGGGAGGCUUCUUGAUGGAGGAGUGGAAGUGUUUGUCCUCCUGCAGUGCCGGCUUCUACGCCGAGGAGCCAAACCCGGAGAUAGCUGAUGGGCAAAGGACAUGUAGGCGGUGUGACGCCAGCUGUCUCACCUGUGUCGGGCCGAGCCGGGGGAACUGCAGCAGCUGUUCCAGCGGUCACGGCCUGCAGGAGGGAGCGUGUGUUGUUAACACGGUGUGCAAAGACGGAGAGUACCAGGACGCUGACAGAAAGUGCCGCGCAUGUGAUGCAACGUGUCUGAAGUGCACAGGGCCGCGGAGAGAAGACUGCAUCAGCUGUGCUCCUUCACGGGCUCUAGAUGUCGGCCUCUGUGUGGCGGAGUGUGCAAAGGGAAAGUACCAGUCAGGUGGCCAGUGCCACCUGUGUGACCACACCUGUGCCACCUGCGUGGACGCAAGGCCGGCCAACUGCACCAGCUGUGACACCGAUAAGUUCGGCGUGCGGCGCUACUUGUACGAAGGCCUGUGCGUGGACGCCUGCCCGGAGGCCUUCUACCACGCCGAGGGGAGGAGCUGCGAGUCCUGCUCGCCCCGCUGCCGGCUCUGCACGGGCGCCGCUCGCUGCCUCCGGUGCGACGCCUCCUCGUACCUCUCCGACGGAGUGUGUGCGGAGCUGCAGUGUGGAGAAGGGGAGGUGGAGGAUCCAGAUUACGACGAGUGCAUGGCCUGUGAGGAGGGCUGCAGGAAGUGUGUCUUGUAUAACCCCAAGCAUUGCCUCUCCUGCAUUGAGGGCUUCUACAAUUUUCAGGACGGCUGCUACAGGAACUGCCCGGCUAAGACGUACAGCGUGGACGAAGACAUGACCUGCGUCCCAUGUGAUGGCAACUGCGUGAGCUGUGAUGAGCACGAGUGCUACUGGUGUGAGACCGACCUCUUCCUGUCAGAGGGGAGAUGUGUUUCAUCGUGUCCUGGUGGUUUCUAUGGCGACGAAGACACCAACGACUGCGAGGAGUGUCAUUCAGACUGUGUGACAUGUGGCGGCCCGGAGCGCGACGACUGCCUGUCGUGUGAGGACGGGAAGAAGCUGGAAAACGGAGAGUGUGUAUCCGACCACGAGGUCUGUCCCAUUAAGACCUUUCGCGGCGAUGAUGGAGAGUGUGAGAACUGCCACCCGUCAUGCGAGUCCUGCUCCGGGGAAGAGAAGAACCAGUGUAUAAAAUGUGCAAAAGGGUUGUUCCUGACCGCGCAGCAAACAUGUGUGUUAAAGUGUCCCGGGGGUUUCUUUGCCGGGCGGCUGAGCGGUGUGUGUGAGGCCUGCCCUCCAGGCUGUUUGCAGUGUGCGGACGUUCAGCACUGCAUCCGCUGCCAGAGCACUCGGAAGUCUCCGCUGUUCCUGCAGGCGGGACACUGUGUCCAACGGUGUGUCAGGGGUUAUCCUGCGGGCCCGGUGUGCCGCAGCUGCGCGCCUGGCUGCGCCUCCUGUGGGAAGAACGCCACCCACUGUCUGAGCUGUGAAGAGCCUCUCCUCUUACACGAGCACCGGUGUGCGGAGGAGUGUCCUCCGGCGCACACGCUGCUCGACGGGGAGUGCCAGCGCUGCCCCCGGGCCUGCCAGGAGUGCGGCCCUCUUGGGCACUGCACAGGCUGUGAAGAGUAUCACUUUCUGCACGAGGGACUGUGUGUGCCGGACUGUCCCGAGCGGUUCUUCGAGGACAAGGAGCGGAGGGAGUGUCUGCGUUGCCACCCGGACUGCGCUUUGUGCGACGGCCCCAAGGCCAACGACUGUGACGCCUGCGUGGACCCGGAGGCGGCGCUGCACAACGGGGCGUGUCUGGCAGCGUGCCCCUCCCACGCGUACAGGGACGCUAUCACGGGAGAAUGUAAAGACUGCGCGGCGUCGUGCCUCACCUGCUCCCACGCCGGCUCCUGUACCGGCUGCAGGGAGGGUCAGAGGCUGGAGGGCCGGGGCCACUGUGUGCCUUUGCCCGACAGCUGCUCGCCCGAGCAGUACGCAGACCAGCGCGGGGAAUGCCACCGCUGCCACAAAUAUUGCCACCGGUGUUCAGGCCCUGGCAAGACUCACUGCCUGAGCUGCAACCAGAGACACCUCCUGCUCAAUGGCACCUGCGUGGACGGAUGCCCCGAGGGCUUCUACGAGGAGUCGGGGCAGACGUGUGAACCCUGCCAUGCGUCCUGCCGGUCCUGCGUCGGGAAGCACGGCCACGAGUGUCUGGCCUGUAAGAUCCACUUAUUUCGAGAGGCCAAGGAGUGUGUGGAGACCUGCCAGCACAGUCACUAUGGAAACACGGGCUCGGGGCUGUGCGAGAGGUGUGACCCGAGCUGCAGCGAGUGCGCCGGGGGCGAGGAGGACGCCUGCCUGAGCUGCGCUCCGGGACUCGUCUACCUGCGGAGAGAAGGCCGCUGCCUCCCCUCGUGCCCUCGCGGAUACUACCACGACGCCGCACACAGGGCCUGCGGUGCCUGCCACGCCAGCUGCAGAGCGUGCUCGGGAAGUGAUUCCCGGUCCUGUGACUCGUGCUUCCCUGGGUACCGGCUCGCAGGUGGCCUCUGCGAGUCCCUGUGCGACAUGGGCCUGUAUCCUGUGACAAAGGAUUCCCACCACGCCUGUGAAGACUGUGACGGAUCGUGCGUGGAGUGUCGCGGCCCGGGUCCGGCCAACUGCACCGCGUGUUCUGCUCGGGCCAUCUUGGAGGCUGGAGGACGCUGUCUGCUUUGUUGCCGCCAUGAAGAGGAGGAGGAGGAAGAGGGGGGGGAUGAGGAGGAGGCCACCACAGAGCAGCAGGACUGUUGUAACUGCACCGAGACGCGAGGAGUGUGCGUCCUCAGCACCAACUUGGCCUUCCGAAACGAGGAGGAGGAGGCGGCGGCCAGGGACAAUCCGGCAGUCUUCAUCGUGGCCUCCGUGCUGUUGGUGCUGGGGCUGGUGGCCGUCGUCUUCAUCGUCAGACACUCCCGCUCAAAGAGAGCGCCCCCCGACAUCCCCCCCCGCGGGUACGAGAAGCUGGGCUCCGGAGGAGGCGGCGGCGGCAGACACGGCGGCUUUGGCUCCGCCUCCUCGGGCUCCUACGGCGGCCGCGGCGGCUCUGCCGGAGGCCGGCUCAAGGAGGCUCAGUUGGUUGACGUGGCUGAGCGUCGCUCAGGGAGUAAAGGUCAUGAGGAGGAGGACGACGAGGACGAGGACGAGGACAUCGUUUACAUGGGCCAGGAUGGCACCGUGUACAGGAAGUUCCGGUACCUGGGAGACGAGGACGAGUUGGAGUACGACGACGAGAGCUACACGUUCCGGUGAAGUAUGAGAAUCUCUCUGAAGAAACAUUUCUCCUCUUCCUUUCCAUGUGUGGCGUCUUUCUCCUCGUGCCCGCAGGGAGGGACCCGUUUAUCCUUCACUGAGUGGGACGGGAACCAAAUGAGACACCUGAAGCUUUUCAUACUGAGCUGCAUUUUAUAACUAUUUAUUCACAAAAUGUGCACCAGGAAAAUGUAAUUUAGCAUUCUUAUGGACUUUGAGUAUGAUGAAUUCCUGCAUGUAACAUGAACAUUUAGUAGCUUGGAGAGUUUAAUUAAUCAUCUUUAGUUGUGUUGAAUUUGUCUUAAUAAUGGCUUUUCUAUAAAGGUUUGCUGUCAUGCAUUUUAAUUUGAAAAUGUGCCGUGUUCAAAUAAAGUUAAAAAAAAAUCUA